CGUGAAUGUUGUCUUUUCCCAUCAUGGUCCCCCCGAUUGUCGACCGACUCUUGGGCCUGGCUACGCCUUUCAAAUAUUUCCUGGCCGUUCUCCUUCUUCUUAACAUAAGGUCUUUCCCUCUGGCAUGGCACCUCCGUGUUUUGGCGCCCUAUUACAACCUUCGUAUGUGGCACAGGCUACAUCGCUUGAGCAUCGUUCACAAGAACAAGGCCGGGAAGAAAAUAGCGUCGCAGGCAUGGUGGGACUCGAUGUCUCCAAUUGGGAAAAAUCCGUUUGUCAUGACCAUGAAUUAUUACAACUGGGCCAGCCUUGACGAGAGCGAUUUUAAUCUCCACCUCAGUAAUUCAUGCUAUGCCAAGACACUAGACGCGGUCCGCUUCAGAUGGGCGUGCAAGUAUACGCCUCAACUCUUCCGUGAAGGCGUGAAUGGAUACAUUCCUUUGGCUGCAACACACUUUUUGUUUCUCAGAGAGAUCCCUAUUUUAGCGUCGUACGAAGUCCGUCUCACCGUCGCAUCUUGGGGUGAUAAAUGGAUGUAUGCAGUCGGUAAAUUUGUCACCAAGGCAAAGAAGGGCCGAAAGGCGGAGAAGAGAGUGGCUCCUUCUCCUGCCCCGGGUGUCUUUAAUGGCCCGAUUCGUACACCGGCAGACGAUAUUACCGCGCCUACACCCCUCGAGGCCUCAACACCUCUUCUCAGCACCACCGACCACCCCGCCGAUCUCCGAAAACUUGCAGCCAAACUUGCUACUUCUCACGAGGAACCUGACGGUGCAAUCGUGCACUGUAUAUCUAUCUCUCAGUUCUGUUUCAAGAUUGGCCGUAUCACGAUACCGCCGGCAUUGGUGCUGGCCAUUAACGGAUUCUCCGUAGGAGAUUAUUCUGUGGAAAAUCCUCCGCCAUCAUAUGUAGCUGCGAAAAAGAUGUUCGAGCA